AUGACUGAUUAUUAUUUUUCUAAAGCUGCAGCAAUCGCUCAAAAUGCAGCUAAAUUAUCAAAAAAAGUAUCGGAAGGGCUUGUAGAGAAUGCACGUGAGUUUGGUUUGGAGGCUACUUCUUCUAAUCAUUAUUUUGAGACCUCUGAAGAGAAAAUGCGAGAUAUUAGACGUUUAUUAGAUUCAAGACACGAUCGUGAAAAAAUGGAUGGAUUGAAAAGGUUGAUUGCAAAUGUUGCAUCUCAAAAUCUUGAAAUUAGAAAAUUAGUUUAUAUAUAUUUGCUUCGUUAUGCUGAACAAGAGCCUGAUCUUGCAUUGUUGUCAAUCAAUACUUUUCAAAAAGAUUUAACAGAUCAAAAUUUAUUGAUAAGAGCAAUGGCAUUAAGAGUAAUGUCUGGUAUUAGAGUGCCAGUGAUAAGUCCAAUAGUAUUAUUGGCUAUCAAAAAAUGUGUAAAUGAUUUAUCACCUUAUGUUAGAAAAGCUGCUGCUCAUGCGAUUCCUAAAUGCUACAGUUUAGAUCCUACACAAAAAGAUGCUUUAGUUGAAAUCAUAAUAACUCUUUUAAAUGAUAAUUCAGCGUUUACAUUAGGAAGUGUUAUAAUAGCUUUUGAUGAAGUCUGUCCUGAUAGAUUUGAUCUGAUACAUCCACAUUUUCGAAAAUUAUGUCGAAUGUUAAUUGAUGCAGAUGAAUGGGGCCAAAUUGCUAUCAUAGGAUUAUUAUUAAGAUAUGGAAGGACUCAAUUUUUAAAUCCAAAUCCAAACGGAAUAAAAUCUUCAGUUAAGAAAAAGUCCAAAAAUUUUUAUUCGGACGAAGAAGAUUCUGAAAAUUCCGAAGAAUCAUUUGAAAAUACAUUGAUUCUUGAUCCAGAUCAUGAAUUAAUAUUAAGAUCUUGCUUGCCGCUUCUUCAAAGUAGAAAUAGUGCAGUAGUAAUGUCAGUAGUAAAAGUUUUAUAUCAUUUGGCACCAAUCGAAGAAGCAUACAAAAUAGGCAAACCUUUAGUAAGACUUUUACGUAGUCAUCGUGAAAUUCAACAUGUUGUAUUGGCAAAUAUUGCUACUAUGGCAACUCAAAGACCGUAUCUUUUUGAACAGCAUCUUCAGCAAUUUUUUGUUAGAUCAACAGAUCCAUCAUUUAUUCGUAAUCUUAAAUUGGAAAUAAUGACCUUAAUCGCAACUGAAACUAAUAUUACACUUUUACUAAGAGAAUUACAAGAAUACGUGAAAAGUCCAAAUAAAGAUUUUGCAACCUCAGCAAUUCAAGCGAUUGGACGUUGUGCAAUAGGAAUGCCUGAAAUGGCCGAAAGUUGCCUUAAUGGCCUAAUGAAAUUAUUGUGGAGCAAGAAUGAUGCUGUUGUGGCAGAAUCAGUUGUGGUGAUCAAAAGACUUUUACAAUUGAGACCUCAAGAUAAUUCAGAUUUGAUUAUACAACUAGCUAAGGCUUUAGAUCAAAUUACUGUACCAAUGGCUAGAGCCAGCAUAUUUUGGCUUGUUGGUCAAUAUGCAGAAAAUUUAAAAAAAAUAGCACCUGAUGUGUUAAGAAAAGCAGCAAAAUCUUUCACCAACGAAGCAGAUAUUGCUAAAUUACAAAUAAUCAAUCUUGGUGCCAAACUUAUUUCUCUUUAUCCAACAAAUCAACAUCACCAAACACUUAAUCUCAGCAGCAAUAAUGUUAGUGGUGCACAACAGCAACAAGAUGAUUUACAAAUUUCUUCAUAUGAACCAAAUAAAAGCCGUAUACUAAAGGAUAAAUUGAAAACAAUACUUUUGUGUGAAAAGGAAGCUCCUUCUGAAGAAAGUGCAUCAGCUGGACGUGAUCGUUUUACUAUUGGUUCAAUGGCUCUUGUACUUAAUCGUACUAUACCUGGCUAUGAACCAAUUCCUGAUUGGCCAACUGAAAAACCCGAUGGAUCCUUACUGAUAAAAGGAUUUGGGAGUGAUUCAUUUGGAGGUUAUGCUCAUUAUCCACCACCAUCAUCAUCAUCGUUCUCCGCUUAUGACAAAAAAUAUACUAGUAAACGUAAAGAUGUUUAUGAUCUUGAAAGAUUUUAUGAAUCAGAUAAAGAAACUUUCGAUGAAAAAUCAGAUUUAUUAUAUUAUUAA